AUGGGAGCACCACAUUCCAGCACGUUUUAUACUGAAUACGAAGACCAUCAACAAGCGAUUAAUCACCUUCUCGGAAUUGACUUACCAAAAUUUGUAAUGAAAAUCACCCAAGGAAAACCCAUCCCACAUGAACCGAUUAAUUACAGCUCCAUGAGAUACCUCAAACUACCUUCCAAAGUUUGCGCGCUAGAAGGACCGAAUAAAAACGACCGAUUUGACAUUGUUGUUGUCGUUAAAACAGGUGUCUUCAAUUUUGAAAGAAGACGAAUACAUAGAGAGGCACAUGCCCAUAUUAAGGAUCGCCAACUUGAUGGAUUUCGAAUUGGCAUUGUAUAUUCAGUUGGCACCCAACGAAAAAUUAACUCUAACAAAUUUAACAUCACUUCUGGAUUGACUUUGGAGCUUUUUGGAAAGAAUGGAAAGCUCUUAAAGGAGAAAUCGCCAAAUGAAACUCAAGAACAAUUGUAUAGGGAAGUAAAAGAAUAUGGUGAUCUUAUUGUGGGUGAUUACGAAGACACUUACUACAACCUCACUCUCAAAAUGAUGCAUUCAUACUACUGGUUCGCAUACUUUUGUCAUCCAAGCAAGCCCAUACUCAUCUAUCUCGAUGACGAUUUCGCUUUCAAUGCUACUUAUUUGAGACGCUUCGUGAAAGGUUUAUCACCAUAUCAACGAGAAAAUCUUGUAGCUGGAAGACCGAAAUGGCAUGGUCCAGUAGUUCGAUUUGGAAAUGCCAAUUUUGGAUGGAAGUGGGGACAGUUGAAAUCAGAGGAACCAUGGAACUUUCAUGCCCCGUAA